UCGGAGGGAUGGGGCCAAGCUGGAGAGCCCCGUCCAGGCGAAUGGGGGCCUUCCCUGCCCUGCGGCGCUCUUUGAAGCCGCUGGCCAGAUGGUGCCAACUGCAACCCAGGGAUGCUGCCAAGAUGCCUGAGAGUGCCUGGAAAUUCCUUUUCUACUCCACAGCCUGGGGGUACAGUGCUUACCUGCUGUUCGGCACCAACUACCCCUUCUUCCACGACCCGCCUUCCGUCUUCUAUGACUGGAAGCCGGGCAUGGAGGUGCCCAGGGACAUCGCUGUGGCCUACCUGCUGCAGGGCAGCUUCUACGGGCAUUCCAUCUACGCCACCCUCUACAUGGAUGCUUGGCGGAAGGACUCUGUGGUGAUGCUCCUGCACCACGUGGUCACCCUGGUUCUGAUCGUCUUCUCCUAUGCCUUCAGGUACCACAACGUGGGAAUCCUUGUUCUCUUCCUCCAUGACAUCAGUGACGUCCAGCUGGAAUUCACCAAGCUCAACGUCUACUUCAAGUUCCGAGGGGGCGUCUAUCACCGGCUCAACGACCUCAUCUCGGAUGUGGGCUGCGUCAGCUUCAGCAUCACCUGGUUCUGGUUCCGACUCUACUGGUUUCCUCUCAAAGUGCUCUACGCCACGUGUCACUGCAGCCUGCUCUCCGUCCCCGACAUCCCCUUCUACUUCUUCUUCAAUGCCCUGCUGCUCACCCUCCUGCUCAUGAAUAUCUACUGGUUUCUGUACAUCGUGGUGUUCGCCGCCAAGGUGCUGACAGGCCAGGUCCGCGAGGUGAGCGACGUGCGGGAGUACGAUGAGGCAGUGGAGGGCCCCCCUCUGCCCCCCAAGUCCUGGAAAGAAGAGAAGCCUUUGAGGAAUGGGCUGGUCAAAGACAAGCACUUCUGAGGGGCUGCAGACCCCUGGGGACCCCCCUCUCCCUCCAGUUCCUGUCUAGUGCCCCCGUCCCCUUCUCCGGCCCCUCCGCACUCCAACCCCCCAGAGCCCACUGCCCGACCCCGUCCUCCCCGUCUUGUCCCCAGGCACUUUGGGGAUGUGGACUCGACUUGGGGGACUGGACCAAUUGCAGGGGAGGGGCGACUCUCCCCCUCUCCUCCUUAACCCCAUCCCCCGGGCAUUCCUGAGGCAGCAUCCGCUGGCGGCUUUCAGGGCAGGAAGGUCCCCCGCAGUGAGCAACUGGAAGCAGAGAGACGGCAGCCCUUUCCCCGCCCCCCCCC